AGUCUGACUUGGUAGCAGACGGCAGACGAGUGCAUAAUAACCAGUCGCUAGCGACGCGUCCCGGGCGCUGUUCGCUACGAUGAUGGUGUUUUCUAAAAUAUGUUAUGGCCUCCCAAGGCUUUUUUUAAGCGUGUUAAUAGUUCUUUUCUUAUGUAUAAAUGCGAAUGUAUGCCAGGAGAAUCUCGCGACGCGAAUGCGUGUUAUAAGUGAGGAUUUAGAUCAACAGCUAAACGAAAUGAUGGAUUCACAAGCAGUUACUUACUCUACUGUAAAUAUUACUGGAUUACCUUAUAACGCGUCAACUAAAUUUUACCCCAUUGGAAUGGUGCAACUCUACAAUAUCACCAACAUGUUUAUAAACUUUGUACAGAAAAAACAAGCGUAUCCAGAAGGACUCAUUACGACAGUAAAUGGACAGUUCAGGUUGGCUGAUCCUGCAAAAGAAUGGAAAAUUAUUGUAACUCAUUAUGGAGGAUUAGCUGGACUUGCUUUGGCGGGUCUUCUUCUCGCAGCAAUACUUCCAUGUGUAGGAUUAUUUUUCUGUUGCUGUCGAUGUGCCGGAAACUGUGGUGCUAGGAGCGAGCCUUUCGAUAAAAAGCAUGACCAUUGCAGAAAAAUCAUGCUCAGCACUAUCCUGAUUUGCGUCGCUACAGUAAUCCUAUUUGGUGUCGUUUGUGCCUUUGUAACGAACGAAUAUAUGCACAACGGUUCUAAACAGCUACCAGAGAACACAAAAGUCAGCCUAAAGGAUCUUAGACUUUACCUGGCGACUACAAAAAGGCAAAUUGAAACUCUGCUUAUAAGCAACUUUCAUGAACUGGAAAUUACAUUGAAUAACAUUCUUCAACAAAGUGGAAGAAUUGUAACUGAAAGACUCGCUGAAUACUCUCACGCUGUUUCUCUUAUGAAUUUAAAUGACAUCGUUGCUGGACUUGGUGCAAUCAAAGAAGAUCUUACGAUGAUGAACAAAAUUACUCGAGAAUUAAGAGUCAAUGCUUCUGAACUUGACAUUGUUGUUCGUGGAGUGAGAAGAAAUCUACAAGAUACAUUAUCAGCUUGUAACACGAACCAAUGUAAAGAGGUUUUGCACCAAUACAAAGUGAGCGAAAUGUCUGUGCAGGUUGACUUUGAUAAGUACUUGGAUCGAUAUUUUCCCAAGCUUCCAAAUGUAACCGGAGCAAUUGGAGACAUCACUCAAUUAAUGGAAGAGAACAUAGUCUAUGAAGUGAGUCAGGGAAGAGAAUCUUUCCUCAGAAUUCAAAAGGAUAUUCAACAUGCAGUAAAUGAAACAAUUCCAGUCGUUAGUGCAAGCAUCAGAAGAGCUGGCAAUGCUCUUGAGAAUGCAGCUAGAAAUAUAACUAAUCUUAUUGACAGAUUUAUAUUCGAGAUUACAAAAUCUCACAUUCCUGCUCUUGAUGGCGCUAAAAGUUAUAUUGAUCAAUACGCACCUUACAGGUAUUACCUUGGCCUCGGAAUAUCAGGGAUAUUACUCAUGGUAUUAAUGUGCAUAAUCUUUGGACUUUUCUGUGGUAUUUGUGGAAAACGACCAGAUGGCUAUGGAGACGAUUGCUGCGACAAAGGAUCCGGUGCAAGAUUUCUAAUGAUGGCUGUUUGGAUUAUCUUCUUGCUAACCAGCAUUUUAAUGAUCGUGACUGUAGCUCAUAUGAUCACAGGCGUCGCUGCACAGAGGGGAAUUUGUGAACCUUUGAAGAAUCCUAAAGACAACAGAAUGUUUAAACUCUUGGAUGAUUUUGUCCGAAUUAAACGAUUCUUAUAUCCUAACCAUCCUAAUGCUAACAUCAAUAUGAGUUACAUUUUGUCAGCUUGUCAUGCGAAUAAAACUUUAUACAAGGUUCUUUUAUUUGAGAACAUAAUUGAGGUGAAAAGUUUGCGAAAUUACGUUGAACGCUAUGACAUCAACAACACAAUUCAACAGCUGAGACAGAAGAUAAUUUUUUCGCCAGGAAUAGUAAUUUUCAGCGAUAGAGCCAGAGGGAAACUAAAUGAAUUAGCAGAGAGUGGCCUAAGCGAUAUUAAAUUCUAUCAGUAUGCUGAGGUUCUUAGGGAGAAUAUCACGAAUAUUAAUCUUCGUUAUCUCGCCUCGAAAUUGCGAGAAGUAUCAACGCAACUGCCUUACAGCUAUAAAGACACUAAAGAAAGUUUGGAGAAAAAUGCCCACGAUUUGGAGCAUUAUCAUAGGGACUUGGUGAUGCCAAUGGCGACGUUGGGCGAACAACUCAGCGAAAGUGCUUUGACACUUCAGGAGCACAUUAAAUUCAAUCACAGCUCAAUGAGCGAGGCUAUUCACGUUUUAAUAAAUGAAGUCACACAAGCUCAAAGUUUCCUUAAUAAAGAAGGACCUGAAUAUGUUGAAUUGCUCGCAAGUAGAUUUGGAGAUGCAUUUGUUUCUCAAGUGGACAGUUUCUUAGAACAUGUUAUCAAUAAUGCUUUGACUACUGUUGGCAAAUGUGGACCUGUUUCAAAUGCAUACAAUGCUACACUAGUCGCUGGUUGUAAUAAAAUUCUUGACCCUUUCAAUGGCUUUUGGGUGAGCGUAGGAUGGUGCUUGAUCUUGUUUAUUCCGACUAUAAUUCUCUGCGUUAAAUUGAGUGCUCUUUAUCAAAAAUCCGAUCCAUACCCAGGACCAUUGGUUGAGGCUGAAUAUUUGUAUGACGCAUAUGCCGACAGGGAUAACAUACCCCUUGCUCAUGUUCACGAUAAGAAAUAUGUAUCUCACAGUAGACAUCAUCCAUCCUCUUAUCCAGAAGGUUAUGAGGGUCCAGUGAGUAGCUAUAGUGACAGAGAAAAUGAAAGAAUUCACGAUGCUCAUCAAGGCUCGUCUCAUAAUGAUUCAAGAUAUGCAGAUGUUGCUCCAAAGAAUUGGGAUUUUCCAAACGGAGGUCCUCCUAGGUACCAACCACCAGCCGCUGCUCCUCCACUCAGCAAUGAAUAUGAGCGACCUCCACCGUAUUACUAUCCUGGACCUGGGGAGAGAAAUUAGGAAUCAAGUGCCGUGGCAUGCACGAAAGCAGCUCUAAGCAGUGUGGCAAUGCACAGUCUCACUCGAAGCUACAAGAGAACACUGAAAAGUAAAACAAAAUCUGGUUAUCAACGGGAUUACGUUUAAUGUAAUAUUUUAUCCUGAGCGUGCCACGGAACACCCAGCUACCAAAAUUAUAAAUACUGACCAAGAUGAUGAUGCAGACUGAGAGGUAGACUAGAGAUUUCUGACUGCAAUUAAUCCGUACGACUUGAGACUCAGACAAAUCAAUUGACGCCUGCCUGUAUUGAUUUUCUGCUCGUUUGACCAUUGUUUACUUCAAGUUUACUUCAAGUUGGGUAAAAGUUCACACUUUAACGUCCUUCUUUAAUAAACACAAAUUUGCUUUGUUGACAAAUUUUAUGUAUGACUACUAUUCGGGAACUUGAAAUUUUUGAUGAGCGUUUAAAUGAAUAUUUUGUAUUUAUUAAAGAGUUGAUCACUUUAUCUAGUAAACUAUACUACUUCACAGGAUUUAUUUCGUACUAUUUUCACAUCGUUGUAUGCUUUUCUUUUACUAUGUUAGUUUUUAAAUAAUAUUUAGAGACUAUAAAUAUUUAGUCCAGUUCGUUAGUGUAAA